AUGAAUUCAAACACGGCUUCAAGAUUUAAUUCCACGACGUCGAAUUUUUUAUAUAUUGAUGACGGUCCAUUCUUGCCGACUCUAGAACAUUUGGUAGAGCAUUUUAUGCGUUUUGCUGACGGAUUACCUAUUAAUCUCAAAUAUCCUGUUUUGCCAAAACCCAAGCCUCCUCUACCACUCUUUUCAACAAUGCCACGCACAUCUAAGAAAUCCUCAGAAGCCAUACCUGUGCCACAAUGUUCGCCUAAUCCACUGCCUAAAAGCCCUGUCGUGGAGAACAAAACUCCUCUAUUGCCAUCAAAACAAUCACAAACUUUGUCGAGCAUUCAUCACAAUAACAAUGUGAAGAAAAAAUCAAAGGAAUCUGUUUUCAGUACAUUGAAGUUGAGGAGUCCCAAAAAAACUAGCAUACUAGAGAGUAUGAGUACUUUACGUAAAAGUAAACCAAAACAAAAAUCAAUAACAUCCGAUGACAAACCACAAGUACCCUCUAGCGAAGAAGAAUUAAAGCAAGCCGAAACAUUGUUGAAGAAUUUGUCUUUUUCUACCGAUUUUGCAAGUCUAAAUCUAGUUAAUAAUAAUGGUCAGCAUGGCUUCUAUAAUGUUCCAAAAAAUAAUGCAGCAGUUAACAGCGAUGUUGUCAAUGCAUCUAUAGAUUCCAGAAUGAAAUUGGAGUCGAAAUCCAAUGAAGAAGUGGAAUAUUUUACAAAAAGUGAUAUCGUUAUUGAAAAAGAGCGAAAUCAACAAAAUUCAAGCGAAAGCUUACCGCCAACUACUAAUGGUUAUAUACCAACUGUCGAUAUUCGAGUGUUUACAGAAUCUAACAUUCAAGGUGCUCGUUACAUGACUAAAGAUGAACUUGAGGCAUCCGCAGCCGAACUCCGAGAAUUUUCUCAUAAUCCGGAACGUUUGGAUUCGUUAAUAUCCACAACAUCUAAUGAAAGCGAAAUGAUGCGAUACCUAAAUCGACAAUCCAGCACAGAUUCUUUAGAAAAAGGCAAUGCUAGUUCAAAAGUUAAUUACCUGAUACCGCCUGAUUGUCUUAUACUUGAAACGAUAAUUGGAGAGGGUGAAUUUGGAUCGGUUUAUCGUGGAUUCCAAAUUCAAAGAAUCGGGACUGAUUUGAGACGCCGGGAAGUGGCCAUCAAAACAUUACGCGACGAACACUGUCGCACAAACAAACAGGAAUUUUUACGCGAGGCCUCAGUAAUGAUACGACUGAAACAUCAUUGCAUUGUUCAGCUUAUAGGAAUAUCGAAAGGCAAGACCUUGAUGAUGGUUCAGGAGUUGGUGCCAUUGGGUUCGAUGUUACAUUUCAUAUUGGACCACAAGGAGAAGAUAAAUCCAAACUAUGAACUAAAAUUGUGGGCUUCUCAAAUAGCAUGCGGUAUGCAAUAUUUGGAGAAAUAUCACUUUGUGCACCGGGAUUUGGCAGCUCGAAAUAUUCUACUAGCAUCAAGAAAUCAAGCCAAAAUAAGUGACUUCGGGCUAUCUCGUGCUUUGGGAAGUGACAACGAUUGUUAUCAAGCCAGUCAAGGAGGUAAAUGGCCAAUUAAAUGGUAUGCUCCUGAGAGUUUUAAUAAUGGAAUAUUUUCUCAUGCAAGUGAUGUGUGGUCAUUCGGCGUCACAUUGUGGGAAAUGUUUUCUCUUGGAGAACCUCCUUAUGGCGAUAUACGUGGUGUCGAUGCUAUUAAAUUGAUUGAAAGUGGCCAGCGUUUGCUUCAACCUCCUCUAUGUCCCGGACACAUCUAUGACAUAAUGUUAAAUUGUUGGAAUUACAAACCGAAAGAUCGCCCAACGUUUCGAUAUUUAACUGAAUUUUUUGCACGUGACCCAGACUAUCAAAACAUUUUAGAAUUAGUAAGAACCGAUCAUAUUAGUUGAACAAUACUAAUGCCUGUUCUACAUUGUUUCCAUUUACUCGAUGCAAGUGCAAUCCUUAUAUCGUUGAUAUUUUGAUUUUUUUUUUAGAUUUGUGAAAACGUAUGGUAUUUUAUAGUAGAGUAUUAGUAAAAAAAAAACAAUUAUUCCAUUAUUUAUAAUAUACAUAAAAAUGUAUUUAAGUGAAUAUGUAUUGACGGAAUAUGUAUCGUUGGUAUCUAUUAAGUUUGUACUAGUUCUAAGUCAAAUAAAAUAUUCGACAAACAA